GUAUGUAUUUGUUUUGUAUUUUCAGUAAAGGUCACGUGGGAUUUAUUUUUUGCAUAUUUAGUCCUUGGGAUUUAGAUCUCGUAAACGGCGUCGUACUAAGAGUAUCCUCCGGCGGCAUCAGUUUUGGAGUUUCUUGGAUCAUCACACUCACCUGCUUCGUUACUCUUCCCUUGGAUUGGAUUGGAUUGGAUUCGCUCUUUCAUGGUUGAAGAAUGAGAUCUCACCAAGCUGGCCGCAAACUUCCGCUUCUUCAACUUCUCGGCUGCGUCGCUGUUUUCUCCGUUUUCGUUUUCACCAUCCAAUCUUCCUUCUUCGCAGAUAAUAAUCGUAAACUAGAUCUUCAGCCGGAAGAUAUCCAGAUCUUGUCAGAUUUUCAGUCCAGCGUUCAACAGUGCGUGGCUAACAGAGGGCUUGGACUCUCUGCCCAUAUUAUCGAUCACUGUAAUCUUAUCCUCAAGUUCCCUGAAGGCACUAACAGUACUUGGUACAAUGCACAAUUUAAAGUUUUUGAAGCAUUGGAGUUCAAGUAUAAUGUUUGUGAGGCAGUUCUCUUAUGGGAGCAGUACCGCAAUAUGACUACAGUAUUGACAAGAGAAUACCUCGAUGUACGCCCUGAUGGGUGGUUGGACUACGCAGCUAUGAGAAUUGCACAGUUGGGAGCUGAUAAGUGUUAUAAUCGUACAUUGUGUGAAGAGCAUCUUAAUGUGAUUCUUCCAGCGAAGCCUCCUUUUCACCCACGGCAGUUUCAUAAAUGCGCUGUUGUUGGAAAUUCUGGAGAUCUGUUAAAAACAGAGUUCGGAGAAGAGAUUGACAGUCAUGAUGCUGUAUUUCGAGACAAUGAAGCUCCUGUCAAUGAGAAGUAUGCCAAGUACGUAGGAGUGAAAAGGGAUUUCCGACUAGUUGUUCGUGGUGCAGCUCGUAACAUGAUUAAGAUUCUCAAUGGGUCUGACAAUGAAGUGCUUAUAAUAAAAAGUGUGACCCACCGAGACUUCAAUGAAAUGAUAAAGCGUAUACCAAACCCUGUUUAUCUUUUCCAAGGAAUUGUCCUACGCAGAGGUGCCAAAGGAACCGGGAUGAAAUCCAUUGAACUAGCAUUGUCCAUGUGCGAUAUUGUUGACAUAUAUGGUUUCACUGUUGAUCCUGGAUACACAGAGUGGACGCGUUACUUUUCCACGCCAAGGAAAGGGCACAACCCACUUCAAGGAAGGGCAUACUACCAACUUCUAGAGUGUCUUGGUGUACAGAUAACUUGUUAAAACCAUAAUUCUACUUUGCUCUAAUCGUUAAACUUUUUGUGGUCUCUCUGAAUAAAUCAAGCUUGGCAGGUAAUACGGAUCCAUUCUCCCAUGAGAUCCGAGAGAAAGGAGGACUGGUCAAGUGUGCCAAGUCGUGAAAUGAUAAGCAGAGCUCACACAGCUGCCUUACGCCUACAAAGGAGCCAACAGCCAACUAGUUCGAAGAGGGAUGGGUCAGGACAAUUCGGUAAUUGCAAGGUGUGGGGCGAUGCAGACCCUACAAAAGGACCUGUCUCGGGAUCUCCGGACAUGAGUGAGACCAGGAAGAAGUCAAAUUACAAGAAAUGGGAAGUGAUGCCGUUUAGGAGCUUAAGAAAGGAAGCUAGGGAUCACUAUAUCCAAAUGAAAGGCGUGUCACAGUAUAAGAUGGAUGGAAAUAAGCUGGACGAUCUGGUUUGCGUGAGGCAUCCACUGAAAUUAGAUACGUAAAUUUUUUUAUCAUCUUGUAAAGGUUCAAUUUCAAUAACAUCUUGAGCUUACAAAGUAAAGGUUCCUACAUUUCACGAAAAUUUUGUUGAAGCAAUAUGUUUAAUCAAUUAGUUCUCUAUGUAAGAUCUAUAUUCAUAUACUGAUCUAAACAUAGCUGAGAAAGAGAUCGGUAGAGCGAGUUUAUGGAUGUUCUUUUUGUGGGUAAGGAAAAG